CAGGAGACUCUGCAUGUGAGAAUCUGCACGUAGCAUUCAGACCCAGACUUGCAGAAAUCCAGCCCUAACCACCAGAUGGCCAACAGUGCACCGAAACAUCACAAAUAGGACGAACCACCAGCCUGACUCCAGACGCGUUCAUCCUCUCGACGUUUACUGUACCGUGUGUGUCCGUUUGAGCAGACCCCUCAGAGGACCCGACGACCCGGGACACACACAACAUUUGUGCUAACUCGCUGGAUGCUCUCGUUAAGGAUGGAGCUACCGUAUUGGUAUUUACUGUUGCUGAGCUGUCUGCAAACGCUCUCAGCCCACAAUGACUUCUUCACCUCAAUAGGCCAGAUGACAGAUCUGUUAUACACGGAAAAAGACCUUGUCACCUCUCUAAAGGACUACAUCAGAGCAGAGGAGAACAAGCUUGAGCAGGUCAAACGGUGGGCUGAUAAAUUGGAUUCAUUGACAGCCACAGCCACACAGGACCCCGAGGGCUUCCUGGGACACCCUGUGAAUGCCUUCAAACUGAUGAAGAGGCUGAACACAGAGUGGGGAGACCUGGAGAGCCUCGUCCUCAGUGACACCACUGAUGGAUUUAUUUCCAACCUGACCAUCCAGAGACAGUACUUCCCCACAGAUGAGGAUCAGACUGGGGCUGCUAAAGCUCUCCUCCGGUUACAAGACACAUACAGACUGGAUGCCAAUACCAUCUCUACAGGAAACCUACCUGGAGUGAAACACAAGAGCCAUAUGACAGUGGAGGACUGUUAUGAGCUGGGGAAAAUCGCCUACUCUGAAGUCGAUUACUACCACACAGAGCUGUGGAUGGCCCAGGCCCUAAAACAACUUGAUGAAGGAGAGAAGUCCACUUUAGAUAAGGUGACAGUGCUCGACUACCUCAGCUACGCCAUUUACCAGCAGGGGGAGAUAGAGCGAGCCCUGGAGUACACUAAGAGGCUGCUCGAACUGGACCCAGAGCACCAGCGCGCCAAUGGCAACUUGAAGUACUUUGAGUUCCAGUUGGAGAAGCAGAAAAAGGCUGCGGAGGGUGAAGCUCAAAAACAGAAGGAGCGAGGGAAAAGAGAAACGGAUGAAAAGAAGAAGACAAAGCCCAAAAAGAAGGCUGGCUUUUCGCUGAUCCCAGAGAGGAAGAAGUAUGAGAUGCUUUGUCGUGGGGAAGGUAUUAGAAUGACCCCCCGUAGGGAGAGCCGACUGUUCUGUCGUUACUAUGACAACAAUCGCAACCCAAUGUAUGUGCUGGCACCUGUCAAACAGCAAGAUGAGUGGGACUCUCCCUACAUUGUCCGCUACCUUGACAUAAUCUCAGACAAAGAAAUCGAGAGGAUCAAGCAGCUGGCAAAGCCAAGACUACGCAGGGCCACCAUCUCCAACCCCAUCACAGGAGUGCUGGAGACAGCUUCAUACCGGAUCAGCAAAAGGCGAGCCACGGUGCAUGACCCCCAAACUGGGAAACUCACUACAGCCCAAUACAGAGUCUCCAAGAGUGCUUGGCUCACUGGCUACGAAGACCCCAUGAUUGAAAGGAUCAACCAGAGAAUUGAAGAUCUCACAGGCCUGGAAAUGGACACUGCAGAAGAGCUGCAGGUUGCAAAUUAUGGUGUUGGGGGUCAGUAUGAACCUCACUUUGACUUUGGAAGGAAAGAUGAGCCAGAUGCCUUUAAAGAGCUGGGCACUGGGAACCGCAUAGCAACAUGGCUUUUCUAUAUGAGUGAUGUAUCAGCGGGCGGAGCCACAGUAUUCCCAGAUGUUGGUGCAGCUGUUUGGCCCAAAAAGGGCACUGCAGUGUUCUGGUACAACCUGUUUGCUAGCGGGGAGGGAGACUACAGCACCAGACAUGCUGCUUGCCCUGUGUUGGUGGGCAACAAGUGGGUGUCAAACAAAUGGAUCCAUGAACGAGGCCAGGAGUGGCGGCGACCUUGUGGCCUAACUGAAACUGAUGGAUGGAAAAAUUAAUCUCAUCACCUCCAUGCCCCUCUCUCCCCUUCCUUGUGACCAAAGAACACUGCUGCAGAUCACAGAUGAUAUGUACGGAUGGAUACAUGGGGUCCAAAUGGCUCGCUCCCUUUCUACAAACAGUCCUGUUUUUCUCAGCUGUUACACUUUGAUCCCAGAGAUUGUUGAGCCUCUGGACAGUAUUAUGCAUUUCUGUGACAGAUAACACGUUCUGAAGGUUGUUGGAUGGUUUUGAGAAACACUCGUGCCCUUUUCACUCCCAGAUUUCUUUCUUUGCACUCUGUAUGAACUCUAGCUCUGUGGUGAGGUUAUCCUUCAGUGAUGACUGUAGGGACCAGCUUCCUUCUGUCGGUUUGAACCUUAAAGGGACAGUUAGUAUUUUAAGAGGCCUGUCUGAUUCAUUGUAUUCCUUUCAUUUCAUUAACAGAACACUUGGACUUGUGGUUUUUGAGACAGUGAAAGACAUGCUCUGCCAUCAAAUAGUUAAGUACCUUUCUCAAACUAGCUUACUCAGAGGGAAUUUUCCUUUACAAAGAACUGGGACACAGUAGGAUAUGUUCACUGAUUUUCUCUUUUCUUUAUUUCCAUGUGGUAGCAAUCACUGCUUCCAGUGACUUUGCAUUAAAAACCAAACUAAGUGCUAUGUGGAGGGAAUGAAAGGACAGCAAAUAAGAAAAUGGUAAAAAUAAAUGGAAAGUCUGACCACAGUCCAGAGUAGUAUUUUUAGUGAAAAAAAAAACUUUAUUUCCUGUAAACUGUAACCAAUCAGGACAGAUUAAAGUUGCAUGGCUAAGUCCACACAUUUGCAGUAAAUGAUCACAUAUCACACACCUUGUUGGGCUGCCUCAAAGCCAUAGUGUUUUUUUUUUUUUUUUAACUCAUUUGAAUGACCACACUAUGACAUAUUGUUAGAUUUGUACUUGAACACACGGCAUGUACAAAAACAUGGGCACACUUAACACCUGUAUACAGACACAGAUACAUACCCAACAUGCUGCUUAUAAUUUAGUGUUAUAUUUCACAAAUUCUAGUUGGUAUUUGUUCAUCCUUAUAGUCCCAGUGUUAUCUAAGGACCUAAAAACAACAGAACACAAACAUCAGGGAAUAGAGGAGUGGACUGAAUUCACUACAUUGUGCCAUAACAGGUUUGAAUACCUUGUUUUUUUAUAGAGCAGUUGAUUCUAGUAGAUUUUCAACAGUGCCCAUGGUGACCAGUGCUUUUAAGUGUGAGGAUUAUGGGUUUUCCAAGGAAGAUGCAUUUUAUUUAUAUGUCCCUAGCCUAUUUUGUGUUGUUUUUUUUGUCAUAAAUGGAAGUCUGAUAUUGUUUGUUUUUUCUACAAUAAAGACUUCUAUCCAUCUCAA